UUAAUCAGUAGACGUCUCUCAGUUGAGAGUCCCUCGCAGGCGCUAAAUCUGAAGAGCACUUCAAAGAGGGAUUCACAUCAGCACACACAUACACACUCACAAAUCAAACUACAGACGAACAGAGAUAUUGAGCUUUUGGUAAACGGUCGACUCUACUUUGGGGCUGUAUAAAACUUUAAUCAGAACAAACUGCCAUAAACAAGAAGACACACGGCGGACUGCGUGAGCGAGGAGUCGCAUCAAUCCCACAAAAUGCUGCGAGGCUUCACACAUUCACACUGAUCGGACUCGGCGCGUUUCGUAAGUCAUCGCUGCGUUCCGUCGAUCUAUUGAACAGUCACUCGGACACUACUUUCCAAUAAAAACCUAUUUCAAAAACAGCCUUUCCUGUCCCGAGCACAUUUAUCAAUAUCACUGACGCCUUCGGGACCUUCUCCAGCUGUGCCGUCAUAAACCCCGCUGGUUACCGUCACUUUUCAACAUGAUCAACACCUUUUGCCAAGGGUAGUUGAGAGCGAUGGCACCUUCUUGUAAACCCUGUGAACUGGAUAUUUGCUUCUCCCACCUCAAGUAAGAGUCAAAAGACAAUUUUCUGUAGUCAAGAUGCAGAUUCUUUCAGCUGUUUUGCUGCUGUUCUGUUUGCACAAGUGUUGUUGGAAGGUCACAUGCAGAAGAGUCCAUAUUCCAGAGGUGGGGCUUGUGGACUGGGGGGAGGCUGAAAACGAGGACCACCCCUCCCCCAAAAGUGCCAGCCCCCGCGUUCUUAACCCCCUGCGCCUUUUCGCCCGGGGAUCCCCUGGGUUCAAGAGCAACAGGAGGGAGAUUACAUAUUUGGAAAACAUCGAGGACCCUUGGGACUGGUUAUCUAACCAGACAGAUGUCAGAGAGGCGCAGAGCAGGACUAAACGCAGACCCAUCGUGAAAACGGGCAAGAUAGUGGACCACGGCAACGGCACGUUCAGCGUUUAUUUCCGCCACAACUCCACGGGCCUGGGGAACGUCUCCGUAAGCCUGGUGCCGCCUUCCAAGGUGGUGGAGUUUGAGAUCGCCCAGCAGUCCACCCUGGAGACGAAAGACUCGAAAUCUUUCAACUGUCGUAUCGAGUACCAGAAAACAGACCGCAGCAAAAAGACUUCACACUGCAACUAUGACCCGUCCAACACGUGUUACCAAGAAUCCACCCAGAGCCAUGUGUCCUGGCUCUGCUCGAAGCCCUUCAAAGUCAUAUGCAUCUACAUCGCCUUCUACAGCACUGACUAUAAACUGGUGCAAAAAAUCUGCCCCGAUUACAACUAUCACAGUGACACGCCGUACGCAUCCACGGGUUAAGAUCCAGUCCAUCCUACACAGUGAGAACGGUCAACCUCAUUUUCACAGUGUGUUUCAUCUGAUUUAGAAGCAAUUAAAAUAAAUCCAGAUGUUUCGCAUUAGGCUACACUACGGGCAUCACCUAUUGUGAUAUGGCAGUCACGACGUUUGAUGGCAAAAUAACUGAUCGGCGCUUUUGUUUUUGGCUUUAAACGUCUCACAUCCAUCCCACGGUUCGAGUUCCAUUGGGAAUUUUUUUCCCCCGAAAACAGACCAUCUUUCGCUACUUGUCAAGCUAAUAAAUCACAGACCUACAGAGGAUAGAUUAUACGUGAAACACCUUUUUAUUGUGAGGUUUGUGUGUGUGCGUGUUUUAUUGAGCAAUGUGGCCUCUUGUUCAGCACUAAAUUGUUUGAAGCAUUUAUGCAGUUGUCAAGAUAAGUGCGAACGGGUUAAAUCAUUCAGCAAAGACAUCACUUACAAAUUACUCUUAGUUGUUUCGCAUUUCACAAAAGAUCUAUGUGUGAAUUGAGAUUUGUGUAUAAUUUCAAAGAGUAAUUUGCAAUGUCUCACGAGAGCACAAUUCAUUGGACAGGUGGAUUUAGUGAAUCUGGCAGCCGGUUAACAACCCUUUGUCAUGGUCUCGCCACAGAGAUCCACAUUUGCAGGCUCUAAUUAACAUUAAUUAUAGUGGGAAAUUUCACUUACAAACCAUGACAGAGGGGCCCAGAGCCAAAAACUGAAAUUUAGCAUGUCAGUCAUGUAGCAAACCUCUAUUCAAGCCAGUGACUUUGGACUGGAAUCAAACUCUUUCGUGUCAAAGUGAAAAAGUGUCAGGAGUAAAUACAGACAUUUAUGCAAACGCACACGAAGGUAAAUUAAUACAAUUUGCGAGUCUACCUUGUAUUGAGUGUUUCAUAAUUUAAAACAGUAUAUGGAGAUCAUUUGAAGGAAUCAUUUUUGUUUGCACAUUAUAGUCUAAAUGUCAGUGUGUCACAAUGAACCAGUUGAAACGCCAUAGUCUGAUAAUCAGAACUGGAAUUCUCAGGUUCCAUUUGUGCGUGUACCAAACAGAUUAUUUUCCCAUAUCAAGGGUGACUGAUCUAGAUCGCAGUUCUGCUCAAAUUGAAAAAUCAGAUGGAUAAUUAAUUGUACUGAUACUCUAAUUGUCUUGCCACAUGAACAUUCACAUCAAGAACAUGUCGAUACAAAGAUAGCUGUUUAUAAUUGGUAUUUAGUUUAAAAUCCUGCGUGCAAUUUUGUGAAUAGAGUAUAAAUGUGACUAUAA